AAGUUAAUACCAGUAAGCGCAGCCAGGGCCCAGAAGUCACGAGUCACGAGUCUUGGUUAUGCUCACAGUCAACUCCAGCGAUUGCUUAAAGAUUGUUUGUCUCAAUGCUGUCGUGCAAUACGCACGCAAAGCAACAAUUGACCAGGCAAAUCUUUAGCAGAAUGCGACUACGCUACCAGACACCAUACGAACUCGAGCUCUGCGACUUUGACAUCUUCCUCCAAUCCCCGGCAUGUCUCAAUACGCCCUGCGCCGAUCGCAGCCAGAUAAUCGCUACGGACUUCCACAUAGACAGGACUCAACUGCGUCUACCGUCUCGUCUGCCUAUUCUGCCGCAUCGAGUGCCUUCCUGCCCAGCCAAACGAGCACCGUGACAUCGACAAAUUCCAGCGUGUACUCCAGAAACUCACCAGGCCACAAGCGAGGCGUCAGUGAAGCGGGAGAAAUGACACCGACGCGAUCUUAUGGUGGUCGCAGCAGUAUCGAAAGUAGCCCUGAUCAUGUCUACCGAAAUGUUCGCCAAACACUGCGGCCUCUCCCUCAAGCACCCUCACCAAAUGCCACACCGAGACGCCCCAGCGGCCAGCAUGUUCGAGCGAACACCGUUGAUCGAUUUCCUCAAGCUCAGUCCGAAGAUCCCUUUCUCGACAAACACCCACACGAAAAUCAUCCAGAGCCGCAGCAUAUAAGACCGCACAUCCAUCACGCCCACACAAAUCCGCAUGGCAGUGCCUUCAAAGCUCCAGACCUCCAAGAACUUCAAAAGUCAUCUACAGCCCAAUUGAAAGCGCUGUCAAGAUUUGCUCAGGAUGGUGAAGCCGAUUUUGCCGCAGCUCCAGGGCAUUCAGUCGUGGGACUGCACAAUCGACGACAACUGAAGCGAACCGACUCUGUCGCUACAGGUGGGCGGAAUGCAGCUAAGAGCUACGGCUGGGGCGACAGGAAUUGGAUGGAUAAGCAAAGACAGUUUCUGGCAGCAUAUGAAUAUCUGUGUCACAUUGGUGAGGCAAAAGAGUGGAUUGAGGACAUCAUCAAGAAGCCUAUUCCUCCUAUCGUACAGCUAGAGGAAGCCUUGCGAGAUGGAGUCACUUUGGCAGAGAUCGUUCAAGCUUUCCAUCCCGAGCAGACUCUCAAGAUCUUUCGUCACGCGAAACUCCAGUACAAGCACUCAGACAAUAUCGUCAUGUUUUUUCGCUUCCUCGAAGAUGUCGGUUUACCAGAUCUCUUCCGAUUCGAGCUGAUCGACUUGUACGAGAAGAAGAACACUCCAAAGGUCAUCUAUUGCAUCCACGCCUUGUCCUGGCUUUUGUUUCGCAAAGGCAUGGUCGACUUUCGCAUUGGAAACCUGGUUGGUCAGCUCGAAUUCGAGCAUCAUGAAUUGGAGCAGACACAGCGUGGCCUCGACAAAGCGGGUGUUAGUAUGCCUAGCUUUUCAGGUAUGGGUGCCAGUUUCGGCGCUGAGCCUGAGCCCGAACCUGUUGAAACGGACGAUGAGCGUAUCGACCGCGAGCUGCAUGAGCAAGAGGCCGCCAUCAUCGAUAUCCAGAGCCAAGUUCGAGGUGCGAUUGUCAGAUUGCGACUCAGUGACAUUAUGCAAGAGCUUUGGGAUUCUGAAGAAGUCAUCAUGGACCUUCAGUCCCGUGUUCGAGGUGAUUGGGCCCGACAGAUAUCUUCAUAUCGUCUCGACAUGCAACGCUUUGCCACAAAACUCCAGGCCUCAGCUCGAGGCUUCCUUGCACGGUCCAACCAACAGCAGAAAGAACAGUUCUGGAAAUCACGGGAAAAGGACGUGCUGCGUUUGCAGAGUCUUUUCAGGGCCGGACGGACUCGUGCAGAGGUGCGCAAAGCGAAAGUCCAAGUUCGGAAACACGAGAGCGGCGUUCGUGACCUGCAGGCUGCCAUUCGGGGAGCUCUCUCCCGGCGAGACGCCUUUGACCAGUAUGAAGCAACCAAGACUGCCGAGAGGGAAGUUCUGGGCCUCCAAGCGAGCAUCAGAGGCAUGCUUGAACGAACCAGACUCCAGACGGAUCAUGAAUAUCUUGAAGAACAGACCGAUGCUAUCACUCGGUUACAAGCUGGUGCACGAUCAUUGCUUGCAAACUUGACUCAAUCGAAACUGCAGAAAUCUCUUCAAGCUAAGUCGCCGCAGUGGAUCGCAUUGCAAGCAUUGGUUCGAGCGGGCAAUGCUCGAAACGCAUUGGCAACACUGAAGCAACAACUACGUUCCGAAUCAGCAUCAAUUAAGCAAUUUCAAGCUAUUCUGCGUGGUGCAAAUGUGAGGGAGUCUCACAGUUCCCUGAAACUUGCUUUACUGCGACAAUCAACCUCAUGCAUACCACUGCAGGCCGUGAUGCGCGGCUUCACGUUGCGCUCCCGUUUGCAAAAACAGCGUGCAAGGCUGGAGCAACAUGCCACCAGGGUCAUACAAUUGCAAGCCCUCGGCCGAGGUGCAAUACUACGCAUGCAGACCGGAACGAUCCUCAACGAGCUUGAUGAGAACUCUGAGAUGGUCAUACAGUUACAGUCAGCCAUUCGUGCCAUGCUCUGCCGGAUUCGUGUCGCUGACUUGUUGGGUGACCUGGAUGCACAUGAUGGGUCUAUCAGCGAGUUGCAAGCUAUCAUGAGAGCAGCAGCAGUCCGGUCUCUCUUCAAGGAGAAACAGCGAUACUUUAAGGAGAACAUGGAGAAGGUGGUCAAGAUUCAAAGUGUGGUGCGGGCGAAGAUUCAGGGCAAAGCUUACAAGAGUCUUACCUCGGGCAAAAAUCCUCCGGUUGGGACGCUGAAGGGCUUUGUGCAUCUUCUCAACGACAGUGACUUUGAUUUCGAGGAGGAGGUGGAAUUCGAACGACUUCGGAAGACUGUGGUGCAGCAUGUUCGCCAGAACGAGCUCGCGGACCAAUACAUCACGCAGCUGGACAUCAAGAUCGCGCUCUUGGUCAAGAACAAGAUCACCUUGGACGAAGUGGUCAAACAUCAGAGGCAUUUUGGAGGCCACGUUGGCGCCCUUCUACCAAAUUCCGACAUCGCAUCAAAAGAUCCUAUGGACUUGAAAGCCCUUAACAAGACGUCGCGCCGCAAACUCGAGCACUACCAGGAGUUAUUCUUCUUGCUACAGACGCAGCCUCAAUAUCUGGCGAGGCUGUUCAGACGCGUUCGGGAGCAGGCAACACCAGAGAAAGAGUGUGAUCGCAUCAAACACCUAGUGAUGGGACUCUUCGGCUAUGCACAGAAGCGAAGAGAAGAGUACUACCUUGUCAAACUCAUCGUGAGGUCUGUCAAGGAAGAGGUCGACUCUUCAAUGUCCCUGCAGGACUAUCUCAGGACGAAUUCCUUUUCCAACAAGCUUUUCGCGGCAUACAGCAAAUCACCCCGAGAUCGAAAAUUCUUGAGAGAUGUCCUAGGCCCUAUGGUGAAAGAGAACAUCAUCGACAACACGUCCCUUGAUCUCGAGAGUGAUCCACUUCAGAUCUACAUAUCUGCCAUUAAUAAUGAAGAGUUGAGGACAGGCCGCCGCAGCCAAAGAGAUCCUAACGUCCCGAGAGAAGUUGCGAUCCGAGAUCAUGAAACACGAUCAACUUUCAUUGCCCACAUGCAAGACCUGCGAGACAUUACAGAUCAAUUCUUCCUCUGCGUGGAAGACUGUCUGCACCGUAUGCCAUUCGGGGUUCGGUUCGUGGUUCAACAGACUUACGAAUACCUUUCGGCCCGGUUCCCAGGAGAGGACAACGACUUUGUCCUCCAGCUUGUCGGACAAUGGCUGUGGCGGAGCUAUCUGCAGCCGGCCCUCCUGGAGCCGGAGAAGUUCGGUGUCGCAGAUCGAGCCAUGACACAAGAGCAGAAGCGAAACCUGGGUGAGAUUGCUAAGGUUUUGAAUCAAGCCGUGUCGGGUCGUGAAUUCGGAGGUGACAACGUGUAUCUUCAACCAUUGAACAACUACAUCCGGGAAUCCAUUGAACGGUUUGCCGUGAUCUGGAAGCAUGCAAUUGCUAUACCAGCCGCAGAAGAGCACUAUGACAUUGACGAGUUCAACGACUUGUACGCCAAAACUAAGCCAACCCUGUACAUCAAGAUGGCGGAUAUCUUCUCCAUUCACAAACUUUUGUCUCAGGAAGUCCCCAGCAUAUGUCCCAGUCAAGAUGAUAUCCUUCGCGAUACCCUUCGUGAAUUGGGUAGCGUCCAGAGCAGCGAAAGCGAACUGAGGGGAGUUGCCUCCAGCGAAAUCAGUCUGACUCUAAAUCCGAAACUCCUCAAUGCUGAAGAUCCCGACUCGGACGUCAAAGCGCUGGUCACGGAGACCAAGCGUUGCGUACUCUACAUUAUCCGUGUCCAGUCAGGUGCCAGUCUUCUUGAGAUUCUGGUCAAACCGAUCACCCCUGAGGACGAGGACAAGUGGGAUGCUUUGGUCAGGGAUGAGCUACAAUCAGACGACGGUCGCCGCGGUGCUUAUGCGGAUGCCAGCACUCAUCUCGAUAUCACCGCUUUAAACUAUCCAGACCUCAAACGUAUUGCACUGGAAAAUGUCCUGCAGCUCGAGUCAAUAGGCCGCCUUACUCGGUCGAAUAAAUACCAAGAUCUUCUCAACACUAUCGCCGUUGAUAUCCGGACGAAGCAUCGCCGCAGAUUGCAGCGUCAGAAAGAGCUAGAAAAUGUGCGAACCACCUUGGCACGUCUGAACGAACAAGCAGUAUAUCUUGAACAACAGCUCAAGACAUACAAUGACUACAUCGAACAAGCAAUGGUAACCUUACAGAACAAGAAGGGCAAGAAGCGCUUUGUCAUGCCAUUCACUAAACAAUGGGACCAUGAGAGAGAACUCCAACGCUCCGGUCGCUCGUUCAAGUUCGGUUCGUACAAAUACUCGGCGCGCACUCUUGCAGACAAAGGAGUUCUUGUACACUGGCGCGGGUAUAAUGAACGCCAAUGGGACCGCGUGGACUUGACAAUAUCUUCGAAUGAGGUGGGUGUGUUCACGAUCGAUGGGAGCUCCGGGAAUAUGAUGAUACCGGGAGCAAAUGCGCAGGUACCGCUGGACGACCUUCUGCAAGCGCAGUUCAACAACACUCAGUUCAUGGAAUUCUUCGAGGGGUCACUUCGCGUCAACGUCAACUUAUUCUUGCAUUUGAUUAUGAAGAAAUUUUAUAAUGAAUGAUCGACGAUGCUAUGCAACACAUUUUCAGGAGUAUGGAGGAUACAGACCGGUUGGAAACACGUCGAAGGAUGGGUGGCUUGCCACAUUGACUGUCUUUGCGGAAGAGAAGCAUUGAAAAGUGAUCUGGCGAAUGGAUGAUACCUUCGCAUGGCCGCGUACAGGCCAUUGUUGUCCAUGAUGAGCAUUCCUCGGAUCUUGUUGUUCUUGCCGUGAACCUUAGACUCAAGAUAAGAAUACAACCGUGUCUGCAUGCGUGAACUCUGUUGCAGAGUUGUUGCAACUUCUCUCUGCUUUCGGCCAGGAAUGUAUCGGAGUAGGAAGGAGCUUGGAUAUUGAUGGACGGAUGUGUGAAGGUCAUAUGCGCAUCGGCCAAUUUCGU